AUGUCUUGGAAAGAGGAUAAUGAUUGCUGCUCUUGGGAUGGAGUCACAUGUGAUAAGGUAACGGGUCAUGUGAUUGAUCUCGACCUUAGUUGUAGCUGGCUUUAUGGAAACAUCCCUUCUAAUAGUAGUGUCUUUUUCCUUCCUCAAUUGCAAAAACUCAAUCUAGCUUUCAAUAAUUUCGAUUACUCUCAAAUUUCCUCUAAUUUUGGUCAAUUGAUCAGCUUGACACAUCUUAAUCUCUCUGCCUCAAACUUUAAUGGUUCUAUUCCAUCUGAAAUCUCACAUUUGUCUAAUUUGGUUUCAUUGGACAUCUCGAGUGUAUUUGAUGUCUACCCAAUUAUUUAUCAUUACUACUAUGAGAAUCCUCCAGUUAGUAUUGAAAGACUUGUUUUCGAAAGGCUAGUUCAAAAUCUGACCCUGUUGAAAACCCUUGCUCUUAACCAUGUAGACAUGUCUACCAUCAUACCUAAUUCAUUGAUGAAUCUAUCUUCAUCUUUGACUUCUCUAAGUAUUUGUUAUUCUAUAUUGCAAGGGAACUUUCCAACUCAAAUCUUUCGCCUACCAAAUCUGCAAAUUCUUAGAUUAAGAGGUAACUUCAACUUGACAGGUAGUUUUCCCAAAGUUAAUUGGAGUAGUCCACUCAAGUCUCUGGAUGUCACUGACAUUAGCUUUUCGAAACAAUUCCCUAAUUCAAUAGGUAACCUCUUGUCCUUGAGGGAAUUGUAUCUCGAGAAUUGCACUAUGAUGGGAUCAAUUCCCACAUCAUUUGGAAACCUUACACAACUUACUUAUUUGAGUCUCGGGUAUAACAAAUUCAGUGGUGAAAUGUCAUCAUUUCUUUCAAAUUUUGUCCAGCUCCGUUUUUUAGAUAUGUCAUUCAAUAGUUUUAGUGGUCAAAUUCCAUUUUUUUUUUCCAACUUAACACAACUUUCUCAUUUGGACUUGUCAAGUAACCAGCUCAUUGGCCCAAUUCCUUCUCAUGUCAAUGUCCUUCAAAAUUUAGUUGUCAUUAGUUUAAAUAACAACAGUCUUAAUGGCACUAUACCAUCUUGGCUAUUCACUCUACCAUUAUUGGAAAGUGUGGACCUUAGUGAAAACCAAUUAACGGGUCAUAUUGAUCAAUUUCGAAGUAAAUCUUUGAACUACCUUUAUUUGGAUGGUAAUGCACUAACUGGCUCUAUUUCAACUUCAAUAUUUGAACAAGUGAAUUUGACCUUUCUCGCACUUUCUCAAACAAUUUGA